CGCCAGCUGGGAGGACUCUAUGGGGCGACUCUGUUCCAUAGCUUUGGACCACUGUUCCUGCAAAUCCCGGGUUUCGGCACCAGUGUAACGAGUUUCCACUGAGGAAGGGACGGAAACAGCAACAGGAUUCAGCAGUUUCUGGUAUGAGAGAGAGAAGGAAUGAGUAGUGUGAAGAGAGGGGGACAUGCCUUACGUGGAUCGGCAGAACCGCAUCUGCGGUUUCCUGGACAUUGAGGAUGUGGAGAACAGCGGCAAGUUCUUGCGGCGCUAUUUUAUCCUGGACACACAGCAGGGAAGUCUGGUCUGGUACAUGGACAACCCGCAGAACUUGCCUGCAGGUACCAAACAUGUGAGUUCCCUCAGUCUCACCUACAUAUCAAAGGUUAGUGAUGCCACCAAACAGAGGCCAAAGGCUGAAUACUGCUUCGUCAUUAAUGCAGGAAUGAGGAAGUACUUUCUGCAGGCUAAUGAUCAGCAGGAUCUAGUGGAAUGGGUUAAUGCGCUCAACAAUGCAACCAAAAUCACAGUUCCAAAGUCCUCUGAUGGUGUCCACUCUGAGGGUCAGAGUUCGGCUGCUAAUGGCAACAAGAAACAGGGCCCAUACAGGACUGAGAUUAUUGCUGGAGUUGCUGUCGUCACACCGACACAGCAGGAAGGGGAGGGGGGUCACAGUGUUGGAGGAGAGAAGGUGAACUUGAGAAAGACUCUUAACCAUCCACCAUAUUUGCAAACCAGAGCAGCACAGGAUCAGACUGUUAUUAAAGCAGGAUACUGCGUCAAACAGGGUGCCCUGAUGAAGAACUGGAAAAGGAGAUAUUUUGUUUUGGAGCAAAACUCCAUGAGUUACUUCAAGUCUGAGCAGGAGAGGGAGCCUUUGCGGGUUAUUCUUCUUAAGGAGGUCAAUAAGGUGCAGGAGUGCAAACACGGAGAAAUAAUGAUGCGAGACAACCUCUUUGAAGUCGUCACAACCUCCAGAACAUUUUAUGCCCAGGCUGAUAGUCCAGAGGAGAUGCAUAGCUGGAUCAAGGCUAUUUCCGGAGCCAUAGUGGCUCAGAGGGGCCCGGGCCGGUCUGCAGCCUCUAUGCGUCAGGCCAGAAGGCAUUCAAGCCCGUGUAUUCAGAGGUACACACCACGCGUCACUCAAGGCAGCACGUAUGAGCACAUUGUUGGCAGCUCCUGUUUCUACCGCCAGCACCCGGGUCAUAACACCCUCUGGACGACCAGCCCUGCCGUGUCAGCCCACCCAGAAUCCUAUGGUCCCACGAGGCCUGGCCUGGGACAGCGAGCACUUCAUGAGCCUGCUGCCCCUGCCCCGCCCACAUGCUCGCCUGUCACUGCAAGAAACCCGCCUCUCCAAGUAACACUCGAAUCACCAUGGCGACGACGCAGCAGUUUUGGGAUGCGUGACGCUCCAUCGCACCAACUUGAUCUGGAUACUGGGGAUCUGCCAGUCAGUGAGGUGUGAUAGUUAUAUGUCAAGCAUUUAACUGUGACCAAGAGAUAAACCCUCAUUUUAAACGUACAUGUGGUGGAAGGAUGUUUUGAAAGAAAUAUAACCAGGACUUUUGGUAGAUCAAACCAAACUUAACGGGAUCCGAGCUAAUGGACUGAACCUGUCGACCAAAUUCAGAACUUUAAAACGGGUUAUGUCGAAUAAAAAGAUUUUGUCUUCAUUCGUGGGAAUCUAGAUCAGAAAAUGUGGGCUUAGGAGUAACACUACUACCAUGAAACUGAAGCAAAGUUUCUUCAAAGUACCAUCUGACCUUUUAGCUUCUACGUACACACUCUCAACGUCAGCACAAGAGUAGAAAAUAAAAAUGGAUUAAAUGUCAAGCAGGAGAACUUUUUGACCUGGGAUUUAAAUCUAUUUUUCAGUUGAACACCUUGAAAGGAUGUCUGGGAAUGUGUUAGAAGACCGUGGUUGAAUUGUGAUGAAUUCGAUUUUUCAUACUAACCACAGGUUGGGGUGGGAAGAGGGUCUUGACUAUUUUUUUUUCUGCUUAAGCUUUAACAUGCCCCUUUUCCUGUAUUUUUUCUGUACAGAUUUCUAAUGCCUCUUUUAUAACUUUUUUUAUGUACUGUCAAUGUGACUAAUUGAUCCUGUGGACAAAGCUGGGGUUUAUUUGACUGCCAGUUUAUCCACAUGUAUACAUGAUAUGGGUGAAUACUUGUAACUGUAAUACUAUUGUUUGUCUCCUACUCCACUAAACAUUUGUGGAUUAAUUCCACAGUUUAUUUAAUAAUCCAUGGGCUGUGUACAGUAAUACAGAGCAGUCUGACACCUUAUAAUUUACCCACUUCCCUGUCAUAUUGGUAGAUAUUUGGCAUUCUUGGUUUGUGUGUGUGUGAGAGAUUGUGUUUGAAUCUGUUGUUGAAAUGUUUGUGUUUAUUGUCUUGGGUGUUGUUUGGAUUUAAGUAUGACUACUAUGACAAAACGCUACUCGGUGUAUGCAUAUCUUUGCACUGUGAUUCGUUUUUGCCCUGCGUGAACUGUUACCUGGAAAGGUCCUGAGGGGCCAUCCGAGAAAGUGCCUGUGGCUUUUUCUCCCAGAGGUCUGGCAGUUUUAAACUUUCUUUUUUUUUUUUUUUUUUUGUCUUGUUUUGUGCUGUAACAGUUUUAAUCUUGUUUGUUUAUACUAUUUAUUUUUAAAAAUGUCAAAGCAAUAAACCAAGUUUGAAUUGACCCUGUGUAUUAAAUAUCACAUUUUAAAU